UGGGUGCGACCGUACCAUUUAGCUGCUAGGCGGGGGAGGGGGCAGGGAGUUAAGAGUGGCGUAGGGCGCCAUUGGGCACAACGCUUCGAGGACGGGAAAAUGGCGGCCCUAGGGUCCCCGGCGCGCACUUUACGAGGCCUUCUGCGGGAAUUGCGCUACAUGAACGAGGCCACGGGCCGACCCUAUCGCGACACCGCGGCCUAUCGGUACCUCGUGAAGGCUUUCCGUGCACAUCGGGUUACCAGCGAGAAGCUGUGCAGAGCCCGACAUGAGCUUCAUUUCCAAGCUGCCACCUAUCUCUGCCUCCUACGCAGCAUUCGAGAACACGUGGCCCUUCAUCAGGAAUUUCAUGGCAAGGGUGAGCGCUCAGUGGAGGAGUCUGCUGGCUUAGUAGGUCUCAAGUUACCCCAGCAGCCUGGAGGGAAGGGCUGGGAGCCAUGAGAGUGGAGAGAGUCCUUGGAUGCUGCCAUCAUACAAGAAUUUAAUCAUUUCUUUCAAUAUGUAUUUAUCAUUAAAUUUUUGUUUAAGUUUAGGGUUUUUCUCUGUAAUUUUAUUGACUGAAUGUUUCUUAGGGAGGUUUCAUCCUUUCAUUGCUUUUACUGAACUUCUUGUAUUAGGCUGAUGGAUGCUCUUGAUCUACUUCUAGAACUCUUAUUUUUAUUUUAAAAGUAUACAAACUUACUGUUUUAAGUAACUCAGAUGAUACAGAAUAUAAAAUAAAAGGUGUCUUUUUUUCUUUACCCUUGUCCCUCCCCUAUUACAUCCCCAUUACCAGGUGGUAACUUGCUAACAGUUUGGUGUGGGUCUUUCCAGCUAUUUCCUAUAUACAAGCAUACGAUUUUUUAUAUAUACACAUACACUUUAUUUAAAAAUACACAAAUAUGUUGUGUUUGAGGUCCCAAAAGAAAGCAGUAACAAAUAGGGUUACUGAGGAGAGUUAAUGAGGGGUAUAGAAAGAUGUAGGUGAAUUACAGUCAGCAAGUUGUGAAGCUCCAAGGGGCUAGCACCAUUUGCGGGCUGUUAUCUCCACAGGGUGACAGAAUCGACCCUUAGGUAUAGGACUAUGGCCCCCACUCAACUGCAGGCCGCAGGGAGAAAGUCCAGGGAGAGGGUGGGGGAGGUGGAAUGAGCGUACUGACUUCUGCCUUCUAAUCUCAAAUUGUUCUUCCUCUUGAAUUGUCUAUCAGCGUGAAAGGCUCCACUAAGCACUUGGCUGACCAAGUAAACUUUGACUUCAUUCUGUAUUCCUGUCUCUCCUUACUCUGCAUAUCUAAUCAGCAAUUUCUGCUUCUGCAAUGGGUCUAAUAUCCUUUUCCCCCUCUCAGUCUUCAUUGCCUCUCUUCUAGUUCAAGCACUGAUAAUCUUUUGGUUGAACUAUUGAACUACUCUCCUCAGUGGUCUCUUUGCUUCUAACAUCCUCAAAGAGAAAUUAUUCUUUCUGUGAACUACCAGCAAAUAUCUGUGCCCACUUUGUGGUCUAGCUAAGUUUCUCGUAGGCAUGUCUUACAGCUUCUUUUUCCCUGGACUGCAAGCUCCCGAAGAGUAAGGACCAUGUCUCAUUCAUCUUGGUAGUCUCCAAAGCACCUUCCACAGUGACUUUAUACAUAGCAUUAUUCAAUAUUUUGAAUACGUGGCUCAGUGAGUACUACUCACGAGGAGGCCUGCAAACCAAAAGGGUCUAUUCAUAAAGCAGUUCAAAACACCAUCUAAGAGAGUAACAUGGAAACAAUAGUAUUAAGAGGCCAAACAAGCAUUUAUUCAAUUAAUGUAUCAAAGAAAUAGAAGUACUUAACAUUUUUUCCCUUGCUUUAUUUCAUGGGCAUUAUUAUCUGAAGAUGUUUUACUUUGGUAAAAUGAAGAAAGCAAAAGGAUUAGGGUAGGUUAAUGUUUUGAUUUCCUUUGUUGUUACAAUAUUGUAUAUAUAAGAAAGAUCUGAGGAAGAAUUGCCUAACUAGAGUAAGAUAUUUAUUAUGGGUUUGAAGUGAUAGAGACCUAGAUUUUAAUCCACUUUUAUAAUUUACCAGCUGUGUUAUCUUGGGCAGGUUAGUUGACCUGAGCUUAUUCCCUCUUCUGUAAAAUGGGAAUGCCAGCAAGGUGACUGUAAUAAAUACAUAAAAUACUUGCACAGUAAAUAAUGAAUGCCUGACAAAAA